UUAAAUUUGAAACGACCAAUAGGAGAGAACCACGAAGUGUGUUGAUGGCUGUUGUGGAAGUUGCCGGCUUUGUUACAUUUGAUAAACAUUUGUGUUCUUUUCAGUGAGAAUUAAGUUUCAAAUUACAAAACAUUUGUCCAAAACAAUGAAUAGGCUGCUUGUUUUCCCGGUGCUAACCCUUGUGCUGGCAAGUGCGUUGGCUCUCUACCCCUCAAGCUCAAACGUAAUCGACUUAACGACCUCGAAUUUUGAUAAAGUACUUAAAGGGGAUGAAGUAUGGAUAGUUGAGUUUUUUGCCCCUUGGUGUGGGCAUUGUCAAGCCUUGGUUCCCGAAUACACGAAAGCGGCCGCCGCUCUCAAGGGCGUAGUUAAAGUAGGAGCAGUCAACGCGGAUGAAUACAAGGAACUUGGGGGGCGUUAUGGUGUUAGGGGUUUCCCAACGAUCAAAAUUUUUGGGGCCAAUAAGGACAAACCAGAGGACUACAACGGCGCAAGGACGGCUCAAGGACUCGUAGACGCGGCCUUGCAAGCCGUUAAAUCCAAGGUCAAGGCCAGCCUUGGCGGAGGCUCCUCAGGCUCGGGACAAAGUCACGACACUAAAGACGUGAUCGAACUGACUGAUAGUAAUUUUGAUAAACAAGUUUUACACUCGGAAGACAUGUGGCUUGUCGAAUUUUUCGCCCCUUGGUGCGGACAUUGUAAAAAUCUCGCGCCCCAUUGGGCCAAAGCCGCGACUGAAUUGAAAGGCAAGGUCAAACUUGGGGCUCUUGAUGCGACCGUUCACCAAGCGCAAGCUUCCAAAUACGGAGUUCAGGGUUACCCCACAAUUAAGUUCUUUGCGCCUGGAAAGAAGACUUCCGAUUCGGUUUCCGAUUACGACGGUGGCAGGACCGCCAGUGAUAUCGUUACCUGGGCCUUGGAAAAGCUGGCAGAGAAUGUGCCAGCGCCAGAAGUCGCGCAAAUCAUUGAUCAAAAUAUGUUCAAAGAGGCUUGUGAUCAAAAGUCGUUGUGCGUCGUGGCCCUUCUUCCACAUAUUCUAGAUUGCCAGUCCGACUGUAGGAACAACUAUAUCAACAUUUUGAAAGAGUUGGGGGAGAAAUAUAAGAAGAAGAUGUGGGGGUGGGUUUGGUCCGAAGCCGGUGCACAGUUGGAACUUGAAAAUGCUUUAGAUAUUGGUGGUUUUGGAUAUCCCGCAAUGGCUGUUAUUAAUCCAAGGAAAAUGAAAUAUUCCAUUCUUAGGGGUUCAUUUUCACGUGACGGAAUUAAUGAAUUCUUGAGGGAUCUGUCCUAUGGACGUGGCAAUACUUCUCCAGUCAAAGGUGAUAAACUUCCAAAGAUCGUUUCCAUUGAACCGUGGGACGGGAAAGACGGGGAACUUCCUCCAGAAGAGGAUAUUGAUCUGUCCGAUGUUGACUUGGACAGCAAAGACGAACUUUAAACCAAAAGACUUACUACUUAUAAUGUUUUAUACUGUUCUUUUGUUUCCACAAAAACCUAAUGUUGUAUUAAUGUUUGUAUCAUAGUUUCGUUUUAAGUGUUUUUUUCGUGAUAAUUUAAAUAUAUUAUUACUUUUCCUAAUA